UGCCCAGCGUGCAGUAUGAAUAGCUGCGCUCCCCUCUGCUCCAGGCACUCUUCCCUCCCUGCCCUCCCUCUUCCAGAGCAUCCCCCGGCAGCGAUGCUGAGCACGGCGAGCUUGAGCGGGCCGAGAGCCCUGGGCGAGGAAUCGCUGCAGAUGUGGGAGCUCAACAAGCGGCUGGAAGCUUACCUGGCCCGGGUCAAGGUGCUGGAGGAGGAGAACGAGGCGCUGAGAGCCGAGAUCCAGAGCGCCAGGAGCGGCCCGGCCGGGGACCAGCGGCGGGGCAAGUACGAGGAGGAGCUGCGGGCGCUGCGGGACGCGCUGCGGGACGCCUACAGCGGGAAGUGCGCGGCGGAGCUGGCCCGGGACAGCCUCUACGAGGAGGUGCAGCAGGUGAGGAGUAGGUGCCAGAAGGAGCAGGCGGCUCGGGAAGCGGCCAAGCAGCAGCUCUCGGUGAGCAGGAAGGAGCUGGAGGAGGAGAGGAGGGCGCAGAUCUGGCUCAAGGAGAGCGCCGUGCGGCUGCAGAAGGAGGUGGAAGCUCUGCUGGAGGUGCACGAGGAGGAGAAAGCGGGGCUGGAGCAGGACCUCGCCGGCUUCUCGCAGAGCCUGGAGAGCUUCCGCUGCGCGCCCGUGGCUUUCCAGCCCCUGGAGGUGGAGGAUUACUCCAAGAGGCUCUCGGAGAUCUGGAAAGGGGCGGUGGAGACCUACAAGACGGAGGUGUCGCAGCUGGAGGGUUCCCUGUGCCAGGCCAAGGAGAGCCUCUGGAAGGCUGUGGAGGAGAACCAGCAGAGCCAGCUCCAGCUCCAGCGCCUGGAGAAGGACCUGGCCGGGCUCAAAGCGCGGAAGGAGAUGCUGGAGGAGUCCUUGUCCCGGCAGUGGCAGGAGCAGCGCGGGGAGGCAGAGAAGUUCCAGCUGGCGCUGGAGGCCCUGGAGCAGGAGAAGCAGAGGCUGCGGGUGCAGAUCGCCCAGGUCCUGGAGGACAGGCAGCAGCUCAUGCACCUCAAGAUGUCCCUGAGCCUGGAAGUGGCGACCUACAGGACGCUGCUGGAAGCAGAGAGCACCCGCUUGCAAAUGCCAGCGGCGGAAUACCGGCUGGCCAACGGCUUGAGAGAUCUCAAGCUGGAGGGGAGCAGCAGCACGAAGCUGGGCCCCGAGGCCAGGAGGACGCUGCCCUGGGAGCACCGAGCCAGCCCCUUGCCCCUCACCAGGGCAGAGGGGAGGGGGCAGCCAGGGAAAGGCCCAGGUGAUGCUCUGAGCCCCCAGACCCCGAGCGCAGGUACCAGGGAGCUGCAGCGCAUCAAUGCUGCCCAUGGCCCAGCCCCACGGGAUGCUCCCAGCUUCCCUGCAGCAAGCCCCACACAGCCCAUCCAGCUCCCCCCAGAGCCCCCCAGCCCCAUGCUGGGGAGCCCAGGGGAGGGUCCUGCCUGGCCGGGGGGAGAUGGGGAUGAGAGGAGCCAAGGGAAGGAGCAUCCCGCACCCGAAGCCAUGGAGAAGCCCCACAGCCUGCGGUACCCGGCCCAGCUGGUCAGCGAGGCGCUGGAGGAUGCGCUCAAGGAGAUGAAGGAUGAUGCUCAAGCCAAAGAAGAGCCCAUGCUCAGCGCUGCCUGGGCCCUCCGGGGUGCCCCCAGCCCCAUUCCCCACACAGAGGCUGUGGCAGAGGGAGGAGAAGGGCAAGACCCCUCCGAGGGUGAUGAGGAUGGUGAAGCCCCUGAAGCAGAGGAGAAGGUUGAGGAGUUGAUGGUCCAGGGGCUGGGUGCGGAGAGCAGCGCCCAUUGGGACGGAGCCACGUCCCCUCCUCGUGGCUUUGCUGCUUCCCUAAGUGCCACUGCGAGCCGGGAAGAGAUGGGAGAGUGGGAAGAGGAGAUUCCCCCUGUGCUGAGCCCAAGGGAACCAGAAGUGGUGGCCCAGGAAGAGGACGUGAGCGGCCCUGGCCAGACAGGGCCCAGCUGGGAAGAGCCAGAGCAAGGGGAGAAGGAGGUGGAGGGCUCAAGCAUGGAGGCUUCGCACCCGGAGGAAGAGGAGGAGGAAGAGGAGGAGGAGGGAGCAUCCCACGUACCCUGCGGGGAGCACGGUGACUUCCAGGGUGAGGGGAUGGAUGAGCACCAAGAGGAGUCCCCACCAAGGGAAGCUGCAGCUGCUGGUGCUGCCCUCGGGGGAAGCCACCCGGGCCUGGAUGAGGACGUUAUGGAUGGAGAGCAGGAUGAUCCUGAGCACCGGGAGCCUGCGUGCGAGGCAGGGCAGGAAAGGGGGCAGGAGGCGUGCCCAGAGCAGGAGGCCUGGAGCAUCCAUGGGGCCAGCCCUGCAGAGGAGGCUCCGUCGGGGACUGAGGAAGAUGCGGUGGAAGGGGAGGGCUCAGGCAGGGCUGAAGGUGAGGGAGAGGAGGGGGAGGCCGUCGGGGGGCUGCUGGGGGCAGGACCCGGAGCCCUGGGCCAGGAGAGCAGAGCCCAGGAGGAGCCGCAGGGAAAGGACUUCAUGGAAGGGGAGCGGGAGCCGGAGCAGGGAGAGGAGCCCUGGGGCCAAAAGCCCCCUGCAGAGCACUGGGAGGAGGCAGCGGAGGACACGGAGGGGGCUCUGGGGACAGAGGAGAGCCCAGCGAGCACAGGAGGGCUGGAAGGGGAGGACAGAGCUGGGGCAUGGCCGGAGGGAGCCCAAGCAGAGGGGGCUGAAGGGGCUGAGCCGGCCCCGGAGCUGGCGAGGGAUGAGCGGGACGGCUCCAUGGGGCAGGCGGUCCCCACCGGUCCCCUUGGGCGAGGGGACAGCCCGGAGCUGGCCGAGGCCCUGGAGGAGCCAUGGGAAGGGCGGGAUGAGGAUGCUGAUGAUGAGGAUGCUGAUGAUGAGGAUGCUGAUGAUGCUCCCGGCUCCAGCCCUGCGGAGCUUCAGCAGGCACCAGGCAUGGAGAGGGAUGGGGCGUUGGAGGAGGAGGAUGGGCCAUUGGAGGAGGAGGAGGAGGAUGAGGAUGGGGGCUCGGGGGAGCUGCAGGAGGCAGCAGGGCCAGGCGGGACGCUGGAGCUGGAGGACACGCUGCCCGACAGUACCCCCCUGCACCUCUAUGGAGGGGAGGUGCUGGAUGCGGCCCCAUCCAGCCAAACCCCUCCGGGGGCUGAGGACACCUUGGAGGCAGCAUCUGAAGGAGCUCCAGAGGAUGAAGGGUGGCUGGAAGGGAGGGACAAGCCCCCAGCAUCCAGCAUGGCCCAGAGCCGUGAGGAGGAGGCAGGCACAGAGGGUGCUGAGGAGGAGGAAGGUGCAGAGGGUGCUGAGGAGGAGGAAGGCGCAGAGGGUGCUGAGGAGGAGGAACGUUACUUCAUGGUCUCUGCUCCCAACCAAGAGGUUUCCAGCUCGGAGGAAGCCGAGGACUUUGAAGAGAUCAAAGCUGAAGCAAGCGAAGGCAGCAGAGAUGAUGGGGGAGCUCCUGGAGGAGCAUCCCCAGCACCAGGGGACCAAGGGCACUUUGAGGCAGCAGCUGGAGCAGAUGCAGCCGUGAGGAUGCCCACAGAGAUGCUGAAGGAGGAGGAGGAGGAGGCUGAGGGGGGUUCCUCGGAGCCGGAGGAAGGCCCCGUUGUGCCCGGGGCCAUGGAGCCGGUGGCAGGAGGCACUGAGGAACCGGCCCAAGCUGCUGAACCAGACGAGGAGCUCGAUGGAGCGGUGGAGCCGGACGGUGCCGAAACACCCCGACGCUGCAGCCUGGGGCUGGAGGAGGAGGAGGAGCCCAUGGCCGAGCCCAUCCCUCCGGCAGCGCUCCAGCCCCAGGAGGUGCCGGUUCCUCUGCCCCACCAAGCACAGCAGCACCCAUCAGAAGAGGAGCACCCAUCAGAUGAGCAGCAUCCAUCAGCUGAAGACCAUCCAUCAGAUGAGGAGCACCCAUCAGUUGAGGACCAUCCACCAGAAGAGGAGCACCCAUCAGUUGAGGAGCACCCAUCAGAUGAGGAGCACCCAUCAGAUGAGGAGCACCCAUCAGAUGAGGAGCAUCCAUCAGCUGAAGACCAUCCAUCAGAUGAGGAGCACCCAUCAGAUGAGGACCAUACACCAGAAGAGCAGCACCCAUCAGCUGAGGAGCACCCAUCAGCUGAGGAGCACCCAUCAGCUGAGGAGCACCCAUCAGCUGAGGAGCACCCAUCAGAUGAGGACCAUCCACCAGAAGGCGAGCACCCAUCAGAUGAGCAGCACCCAUCAGAUGAGCAGCACCCAUCAGAUGAGCAGCACCCAUCAGAUGAGGAGCACCCAUCACCUGAGGAGAACCCAUCCAUGGAGCAGGAAGCAGGGGACGGUGACAGCCCUCUCCCAGCUGAGGACAAGGAGCCCCCCGAGGCUGAGCCACCUCAUGCCGGCCCAAUGCCGGAGCAGGAGGGCUCCCCAGAGAUGCUUGAAGAGCACCCGGAUGCCGUGGAGGUGCCGCUGGGCAUCCCGGAGGCCCGGGAUCUCCUGGAGCUCGUGGAGCAAGCCUUGGAGUUCAACCAGGAGCUGGUGAUGGGCGCGAGGGCGGCCGCGGGCAGGGAGCAGGGGCCCGGCGGCACCGAGGAUGCCGGAGAAGAUUCCUCCCCGACCUCCUCGAGCGUGGAGGAGCCCACGGUGCAGGAGGCGCCGGCGGAGGCGGCUCCGGUGCGCGCUGAGAACGGGCUGCACCGCGCAGCCAGCCUGGAGGACCUGGCUGAGUUCAGUGAGGAGGUGCCCAACGGCAUCGCCGGUGCCGCUCCGGCGUUCCCUAUGGAGAGCACAGAGCCCACCGCGGCCGGGCCGGGGACCGGAGAUGCCGCCGGCACCAAGGCAGCCGAUGCCACCGCCUGCGGCAAACACGGCGACACCGUCCCCAUCCGAGCCGAGCAGGAGCCCUGCUCCAUGGGGGAUGAGUGAUGGGGACCCCUCCGGUC